GCGCCGCAGCCAUGGGUCGCGGAGCCGCACGAGCCCCGGCGCUGCGACUCCUCGCGCUGGGCGCGCUGCUGUGGCCGGCGGCCGGCGCCUGGGAACUCACCAUCCUGCACACCAACGACGUGCACAGCCGGCUGGAGCAGACGAGCGAGGACUCGAGCAAGUGCGUCAAUGCCAGCCGCUGUGUGGGCGGCGUGGCGCGGCUCUUCACCAAGGUGCAGCAGAUCCGCCGCACCGAGCCGCACGUGCUGCUGCUCGACGCCGGCGACCAGUACCAGGGCACCAUCUGGUUCACCGUGUACAAGGGUGCCGAGGUGGCGCACUUCAUGAACGCCCUGCGCUACGAUGCCAUGGCACUGGGAAAUCAUGAAUUUGAUAAUGGUGUAGAAGGACUGAUUGAUCCACUCCUCCAAGAGGCCAAAUUUCCAAUUCUGAGUGCAAAUAUUAAAGCAAAGGGGCCGCUAGCAUCUCAAAUAUCAGGACUUUAUUUGCCAUAUAAAAUUCUUUCUGUUGGUGAUGAAGUUGUGGGAAUUGUUGGAUAUACUUCAAAAGAAACCCCUGUUCUCUCAAAUCCAGGAAGGAAUUUAGUAUUUGAAGAUGAAAUCACUGCAUUGCAGCCUGAAGUUGAUAAGCUAAAAACUCUAAAUGUGAACAAAAUUAUUGCACUGGGACACUCUGGUUUUGAAAUGGAUAAACUCAUCGCUCAGAAAGUGAAGGGCGUGGACAUCGUGGUGGGAGGACACUCCAACACAUUUCUUUAUACAGGCACUCCGCCUUCCAGAGAGGUGCCGGCUGGGAAGUACCCGUUCAUAGUCACGUCUGAUGACGGGCGGAAGGUUCCUGUGGUCCAGGCCUAUGCUUUCGGCAAAUACCUAGGCUGUUUGAAGGUUGAGUUUGAUGAGAAAGGAAACGUCAUCGCUUCACACGGAAACCCCAUUCUUCUCAACAGCAGCAUUCUCGAAGAUCCAAGCAUAAAAGCAGACAUUAACAAAUGGAGGAUAAAAUUAGAUAAUUAUUCUACUCAGGAAUUGGGGAAAACAGUUGUCUAUCUGGAUGGCUCCACUCAAUCAUGCCGCUUUAAGGAAUGCAACAUGGGCAACCUGAUUUGUGAUGCUAUGAUUAACAACAAUAUUAGACACCCGGAUGAAGUGUCCUGGAACCAUGUGUCCAUGUGCAUUUUAAAUGGAGGUGCCAUUCGGUCGCCCAUUGACAAAAGGAACAACGGCACAAUUACCUGGGAGAACCUGGCUGCUGUGUUGCCCUUCGGGGAAACCUUUGACCUGAUCCAGUUAAAAGGCUCGACGCUGAAGAAGGCCUUUGAGCACAGUGUGCACCGCUAUGGCCAAUCUACUGGAGAGUUCCUGCAGGUGGGCGGAAUUCAAGUGGUGUAUGAUCUUUCCCGAAAACCUGGGAACAGAGUGGUCAAAUUAGAUGUUCUUUGUACCCAAUGUCAAGUGCCGAGUUAUGAGCCUCUCCAAAUGGAUAAGACAUAUAAGGUAGUCCUCCCAAGCUUCCUCGCCAAUGGUGGAGAUGGAUUCCAGAUGAUAAAAGAUGAAGCAUUAAGACACGACUCUGGGGACCAAGAUAUCAGUGUGGUUUCUGGAUACAUCUUAAAAAUGAAAGUAGUUUAUCCAGCGGUGGAAGGUCGGAUCAAAUUUUCUGCAGGAAGUCAUCGUCAUGGAAGCUUUUCUCUAAUAUUUCUUUCAUUUUUGGCAGUGAUCAUUGUUUUAUACCAAUAGCCAAAAAUUCUUCUUCCCAUUAAUGUGUGGAACUGCAUUUUUUUUCCAAGUGAGAUUCAAGUCUGCCUUUUAGGAACUGGCUUGGUGAUGGCAAAGACCAUCUUUGCAGGCCCCUAGAAGUUGAGCUUAGAAGACUGUUGAAUGAAGACACUGACGUCAUCACACAGGGCCAGCAAGUUAAUGAAUACACAGGAAAAAAAAAAUGAAAAUGAGCCCUCUGACAGGAAGGCCAACCAUCUUUAGUUUACCUGUGCAAAUUUUAAUAAAAUUUUAUUAACAAUUUUAAA